AUGAAGACAUCAAAUGUUCUUGUUCUCAUCUUCGUCCUGCUUUACAUCAAUGCCAGCACAGAAUGGCCUACGCACACAGUCUGCAAAGACGACAACUUGGAAAUACAUUACAAAAGCUGCGAUCCACAGCAAGAUUUUGCUUUCAGCAUCGACCGUUGUUCUGAUAUCUCCACCCACACCUUUAACAUCAGAGCUGCAAUAGUCCUAAGACACAGCAUCAAGGAACUGUACAUCAAGAUUGACCUGAUCAUAAAUGGGAAGACCGUCUUAACCUACUCAGACACGCUUUGCGAGCCGGGUCAUUCUAAGCUUAUUUUCUGUGGAAAGGAGAAAGGAGAAUACCUCUACUAUGAGGGACCAGUCACACUAGGGAUCAAAGAAUUCCCACAGGGAGAUUACACUAUUUCAGCAAAGCUGACUAAUGAAGAUCGUGCCACUGUUGCUUGUGCUGAUUUUACUGUGAAAAAUUAUUUAGACUAUUAUUAGCAACAAACCAAUUUCAUGAAAGCUACAGACUACCAAAGUUAUUGAAGCCAAGUGAGCUGUUUGCAUGCUACAGUGAUUCUGAAAGAAAUAACCCCCACAUGGUGGUUCUGAUGCUAUUCCUCUCUAUAAUUCACUAUUUUCAAGAAGUCACUAGACCCUCUA